AAAUUAAAGAGGAAACUUUUGAUUAAAAAAUAAAGAAAACCAAUAAAGCCAAUAUUCGUGCCAUUCCACUCGUCCCUGUCCCACUUUCUCUCAACCUUUGCUUUCCCCUUUGAUCUCUCUAGUUGCUUACCCCUUAAUCACCAUCGUUACAUUUCUCAGAUUCAUACAAACAUAUAUACAUAUUUUUACCUCUCCUUUCUAUUUCGAUUUGAUGAUAAAUUAAGCAGAGCAGAUCGAAUAAUUUUUUUUUUUUAAUUGAGAAAAGCUGACCACGAUUCAGAAAAACUGAGCAAGAAGAAGCCGAAACGCAAAGAAAGGGAUCGCAGAUCUAAAAAUCUGACAAAUUUUCAGGCCGCCAUCAUUUCGUUUUCAGUGCCCCACAUUCAUUCAUUUCCACCAAUUCACGUUUUCUCACACCUUAUUCAGCAGACCAUACGUUUUUAUCUAUCCACAAUUCUAGCAUCUACUUGAAGCCUUGGAAGUUUACUCCUUUGUCCUGGAGCUUGGAUUAUGAUGCAUCUGUAGGCAUCUUGUUUCCAUUUUACCUCAGAUGAUGGUAUUUUAUGGUUUUUGGAUGUGUUAUCCCUUCAUCUCUAUAAAGGCACCAUUUUUUUCACCACAUUGAAUAGCUAGGGUUUCCAGAAGUUAUAGGAAGGUUAUUUUUAGAAAGGGAGGAACUUUUUGUCUGGGGUGAUUUACUGAGCUUGAGGUGGUAUUGAUUGACGAGUUUUUCACUUGGGUGGAUGCGCAGUACAAUGCUUCAGAGGUGAUGCAUUUAAUUGGCCUACCCAUUGCACAUAUUGGUUUGGGUAGGGGAAUAUUCUCUCGCGUUUUGGGGGUUGAAUUUUUUCUGGUUUGGUUUAGUGGCAUUCCAGCAAUUAUUAUCCGCGGCUGGUUAUAUUACAGACCAAUGUGUUUUCUUCGUUGGUGGACCCUUUAUGUCUUCAGACAAGCCAUUGUUGUCUCAAUCUGAACACUUUUCUGCACCAAAUCCUCAGCCCCAUUACCAUCGGCGCCGUUCAUCAUUGAGACGCAGCUCACUGAGCUGUCUUUGCACUUCUGCAUCUAUCUCAUCUUCGCCAGCCGAUCAGGCGCAUGAGUGCAAUUUCGACGACCUGAAGGAGUUGGAAGAAAAUUUCACUCCAGUGAAAGGUAAAGCAGUUUCAGGGAAUUUGGUGGGACAUCUCACUUCCAACCUCCCAAGAAAGGAAUUUCGUUCGGCUGAACUCCACAAGCAAUGCCUCCCACGCGAGCGAAAGCGUCUUGUGUCAUGGGGUGGUGUAAUGGACCUGCGGCAGCAGAACCUGCAAGCCUUUGAAAUUUCUGGGGCUUCAUCUUGUGCUGCUUCUAGACUACAGGACUUGAAAAAACAUCAGACGUCUCGAAGGUCUGAGAGGUUCCUUCAGAUAAGCAUGCAGCUGGAAGAUAAUAUAGUACAUCAUCAUAACCCCAGGCGGAUCCAUAUUAAUGACCCAAGGAAGACUAACGAUAAGUUUGAGUUCUCGGGAAAUGAGAUACGCACAAGCAAAUACACGUUGCUUAAUUUUUUGCCGAAAAAUCUUUUUAUUCAGUUUCACAGGGUUGCUUAUUUAUAUUUCCUAGCCAUUGCUGCUCUAAACCAGCUUCCGCCUCUAGCUGUCUUUGGGAGAACAGUUUCUCUUUUCCCUCUUCUUUUUGUGCUUACUGUGACAGCUGUAAAAGAUGGUUAUGAGGAUUGGCGAAGACACAGGUCUGAUCGGAAUGAGAAUAACCGGGAGGCACUAGUGCUACAAUCUGAUGAGUUCCAUCCCAAACGAUGGAAGAUGAUUCAAGCUGGCGAGGUAGUGAAGAUCAGGUCGGAUGAGACUAUUCCAUGUGAUAUGGUAUUGUUGGGAACUAAUGAUCCUAGUGGAAUAGCAUACAUACAAACAAUGAAUCUGGAUGGCGAGUCAAACUUGAAAACAAGGUAUGCUCGACAAGAAACUAAUAGACUGCUACUUGAAGGGACAACAAUAUCUGGGCUUAUCAAGUGUGAACAGCCAAACAGGAAUAUAUAUGAGUUCAUGGCCAAUAUGGAGCUGAAAGGACAGAGAUUUCCUCUCAGCCAGUCAAAUAUCAUUUUGCGAGGCUGCCAGCUUAAGAACACGGAAUGGGCAAUUGGGGUAGUGGUUUAUGCUGGACAGGAUACAAAAGCUAUGUUGAACAGUGCAAUGUCCCCUGCCAAAAGAAGCAGACUGGAAACUUACAUGAACAGAGAAACUCUGUGGUUGUCAGUUUUCCUUAUGAUCAUGUGCCUUGUUGUAGCAAUAGGGAUGGGUUUAUGGUUAAAGCGCCAUGAGAAUCAGCUUGAUACACUGCCUUACUAUCGGAAAAUUUACUUCCAGAAGGGGAAAGAGGGGAAGAAGUACAAGUAUUAUGGGAUCCCUAUGGAAACUUUUUUCUCAUUCUUGAGUUCCAUCAUAGUUUUCCAGAUUAUGAUCCCCAUAUCACUCUACAUCACCAUGGAGCUGGUACGGUUGGGGCAAUCAUAUUUCAUGAUUGGAGACAAGAAUAUGUAUGACAGUUCCAGCAAUUCCAGGUUUCAGUGCAGAUCACUGAAUAUUAAUGAGGACUUGGGACAAAUACGAUAUGUAUUUUCGGAUAAAACAGGCACGCUAACAGAAAACAAAAUGGAAUUCAGAAAAGCAAGCAUCUGGGGAAUGAAUUAUGAUAAUACUCAUUGUAUGGCUGUAUCUUCACAGGACAUAGACGACGAAGGAGAAAAUGCUAUGGCUGGUAAACUGAAAUCUGAAAUCAUCCUUGAUUCUGAACUCAUGAAAUUAUUGUACAAAGAUCUAAGUGGAGAAGAAAGGGUUGCUGCCCAUGAGUUCUUCCUGACCCUCGCUGCUUGUAAUACUGAGAUUCCUAUUCUCACGAAAAGUCCUGCAAGUGACGAUUCAUCAUAUGGUAGUCAAAUAUCUAUUGACUAUCAGGGUGAAUCGCCGGAUGAACAGGCACUGGUUGCUGCAGCAUCUGCUUAUGGUUACACAUUAUGUGAGCGCACAUCUGGGCAUAUAGUAAUUGAUACCAAUGGUGAGAAAUUAAGGUUGGACGUUUUGGGUCUUCAUGAGUUUGAUAGUGUGCGUAAAAGAAUGUCAGUUGUAAUCAGAUUUCCUACUGGUGGUGUGAAGGUAUUGGUGAAGGGGGCUGAUACGUCAAUGUUCAGCAUUUUAGACCAAGGUCACACCAGCGAUGAUCGUAUAAAACAGUCAACACAGAGUCAUCUGAAUGCUUAUUCAUCUGAAGGUUUGCGCACUCUCGUUAUAGCUGCCAAGGACCUCACAGGUGAAGAGCUCGUGGAGUGGCAAAGUAUGUAUGAAGAUGCAUGCACAUCUUUGACCGAUAGAUCUGUAAAGAUGCGCCAAACAGCAGCUCUUAUUGAAUGCGACUUGACCCUUCUUGGGGCCACAGCUAUCGAGGACAAGUUACAAGAGGGUGUACCGGAAGCCAUCGAGUCUCUGCGCCAAGCUGGAAUAAAGGUGUGGGUUCUCACUGGAGAUAAGCAAGAGACAGCAAUAUCAAUUGGUCUUUCUUGCAAACUUUUGACGUCGGAUAUGCAUCAGAUCAUUAUCAAUGGAAAUUCGGAAAGUGAAUGCAGAAAACUGUUAUGUGAUGCCAAGGCCAAAUUCUGUGUGAGUUCGUCUAUUUGCUGUGACCAAACGAUGAAAUGUAAGAGCAAAACCGAGCUUGAGUAUCUUGACAUUCCUUCUCAAUUAAAGUCAUCCGAUUUACCUCAGGAGUCAGUGAAUGAGGAAGAUGGAUCUGGUUUUGGGCCUCUGGCACUUAUAAUUGACGGGAAUAGUCUAGUUUACAUAUUGGAGAAAGAUUUGGAAUCUGAGGCAUUUCAAAGAUUACUCAAGUCUAUUUAUGUGAAAGCUCAUUUAUUGGGUUUGAAAGUCUUGUGUUAUCCAAACUUAUGGUUUAUUUUAUUCGUAUUCAUCCAGCUGUUCGACCUUGCAACGUCGUGUAGGGUUGUGCUCUGUUGUAGGGUUGCACCCUUGCAGAAAGCUGGAAUUGUUGACCUGAUCAAGUGCUGCACAGAUGAUAUGACGCUAGCCAUAGGCGAUGGGGCAAAUGAUGUUUCAAUGAUCCAAAUGGCGGAUGUUGGUGUUGGAAUAUGUGGUCAAGAAGGGCGCCAAGCAGUGAUGGCAUCAGAUUUUGCAAUGGGACAGUUCAGAUUUUUGAAACGAUUGCUUUUGGUCCAUGGGCACUGGAAUUAUCAUCGAAUUGGUUAUCUUGUGCUCUACAACUUUUACCGCAAUGCUGUUUUUGUGCUUAUGCUUUUUUGGUACAUAUUGUGUACAGCUUUUUCUACUACUUCAGCACUGACAGACUGGAGCAGUGUUUUUUAUUCUGUUAUAUAUACUUCGGUACCUACUAUUGUUGUUGGUAUCCUAGACAAGGACUUGAGCCAUAAGACAUUACUUGAAUACCCGAAGCUUUAUGCGGCUGGUCAUCGGCAAGAGAGUUACAAUAUGUCUCUUUUCUGGCUUACAAUGGUUGAUACAUUUUGGCAGAGUCUUGUUCUAUUCUAUGUGCCCUUGUUCACCUAUAGGGAGAGCACCAUUGACAUCUGGAGUAUGGGCAGCUUAUGGACAAUAGCAGUUGUUAUCAUAGUCAAUAUGCACCUGGCCAUGGAUAUUCAACGCUGGGUAUAUGUUACUCAUAUUGCAAUAUGGGGUUCGAUAUUUGUCACUUUCGGUUGCAUGGUGGUGCUUGAUUCAAUUCCGGUUUUCCCAAAUUAUGGAGUGANAUAUAAUCUCGUGAAGUCGCCUGCUUAUUGGCUCUCCAUAUUGCUGAUAACAGUUUUAGGGUUGCUCCCCCGGUUUAUUUUCAAAGUUUUCCAUCAGAUUUUCUGGCCUUCUGACAUCCAGAUAGCUAGAGAAGCUGAAAUAUUGAGAAAAAAGCAUCGAUAUUUUUGGUCAAAGGCAGAUCAGGAUUCAAGCUGACGUGUUCCUAUAUGAUGGGCAUCUAUCUGCACAAGUUUGUUCUAAUCUGCCAUGUCAUUAGCAUUCAGGCAUAAAAAACCAUCUGCUUUAGCUUUACGAGGAGUGUGUUUUUUUUAAUCAUCCUCCAGAAGCAUGAAGUUUCCUGAAGUAAUUUUGGUUUGUGGCGCAAAGCAAACAUGCUAGAGAGUGCAUCAAGUAUUCAAGUGCCAAUAAGUAGGGAAAAGAGAGUAUCUUCGUUGAAAUUGAGGAACAAAGUAUUCGAUUGUGAUAAAAACAUUGCAUGUGUCUCCUGAAUGAUGCUUGAUAUGGAUUAUCGAGUUUUACUAGAGUCAGAGUCAAAGAUAAUUUUAGCUUGUGCCUAAAAGAAUGAUCAGAAGCAAAAACGAGAUACAACGGGGAAGCAGGAAAGACAAAAUGCGGCCAUGUAUGUAGAAAUUAGUUUUUUUUUUUUUUUCAUGACCCAUAUCUGUAAGAAAUCAAACAAGUUUAUUUCCGUCUCAGUGUAGUUCAUUUGUGUAUUAUAUCUUGAUGGGUCUACCAACUGAUUUUAUUUUGCCUAUUAUCUAUAUUAUUUUGCAUGACCAAAUCAGUGGAUUCGUUUCAAUUGCUAAGCUCUAUUGUUACUUAACUCAAAAG